AUGAGCGCUGUUCGACUCCGAUAUGCAAAAGCUGCAGCUGUUAAGUCGGAUAUAACAUACAGAGCAGUUCAGCUAUGGUUAUGGACUGACCUAGACAUCCAUACUGGAAUCAUAUGCGCGAGCUUGCCUUCUCUCAAACCAUUCUUGCGCCGCUACUUGCCUGUACUUGUUGAUAUAUCCCCGGUGCCUGUUGAUAACUUCUCACAUGCCCCAACAAAUGGCAGAUCAAAGUUUUCAGGCAGAAAUCACCGCUCAGCCAACGAUACUAUAACCGGCUAUCACAUGAAGGUACGAAACAUGAGCCACGCCGCGAGGGCUACGAGUGAAGAAGACAAUCCCGCAGCUGGCGUGGGUUGGCAGCGCGCAGACAGCCAGGAAGCUAUUAUUGUUAUGGGAAAGGAGGAUGCUGGGCGCACUUUUUAA